AUGGCUCCAUCAGCAGACACUUCAUUCUCGGCUCACGUAGCCAGCCAGUUUCAGUCCUACGAGGAAGAUCGACAGUCGGCCUCCAAGGAAUCAACCUAUGCUACCAGCAAUGGUGUUCCUGUGCCUCACGCCUAUGAGACCCAACGAUGCGGCGAGAACGGGCCUCUUCUUCUCCAAGACUUUCACCUGAUUGAUCUCCUUUCUCAUUUCGACCGAGAGCGUAUCCCUGAGCGAGUUGUUCACGCAAAGGGCAGUGGUGCUCAUGGAUUCUUUGAGUGUACCGACCCCCUCGAUGAUCUGUGUCUUGCCGACAUCUUUUCCGCCAAGGGAAAGAAAUGCCCGGUUUCCAUGAGAUUCUCGACAGUUGGGGGAGAAUCUGGAUCGCAUGAUAUGGCCAGAGACCCUCGUGGAUUCUCUGUCAAGAUGCGAACUGAGGAGGGUAACUUGGAUUGGGUUUUCAACAACACUCCCGUCUUCUUUUUGAGAGAUCCUGCCAAGUUUCCUCACUUUAUUCACACUCAAAAGCGCGAUCCCAGCACUCAUCUGACUCAUGCUGAUGACUCGUUCGCAUUCUGGGACUACCUUUCUCAGAACCCUGAAUCAAUUCAUCAAGUAAUGAUCUUGAUGGGCGAUCGUGGUAUUCCCAAGGGAUACAGAAAGAUGCACGGUUACUCUGGACACACCUUUAAGCUCGUGAACAAAGCUGGCGACUGGGUGUACACCCAAAUACACCUCAAGUCCAUGCAAGGAACCGACUUUGUUACUCAAGAGGACUCGGCUGAUUACUCACCCGACUUCUCCCAGAAGGAUCUCUACGAGGCCAUUCAGAACGGAGACUACCCCAAGUGGACUCUCGAGGUGCAGACCAUGACCCCCAAGGAAGCCGAGGAGUUGUGGGAGAAGGAGAAGAUCAACGUCUUUGACCUUACCCACAUCUGGCCUCAGAAGCAGUUUCCUCGUCGCAAGGUUGGAGAGUUUACUCUCAACGAGAACGCUGUCAACUACUUUGCCGAGGUUGAGCAGAUUGCUUUCAACCCAGCUCACUUGCCUCCUGGCAUUGAGCCUUCAGCAGACCCUGUUCUCCAGUCACGUCUGUUCUCUUACCCUGAUACACACCGUCACCGUAUUGGAGUUAACUAUCAACAACUCCCCGUCAAUGCCACACGUACAGGAUACAAGUUUGGCAACUUCCAGCGUGACGGCCAGAUGGCUUUCUACAACCAGGGUGCCCGACCUAAUUACCUGUCGUCCAUUGAUCCCAUCAAGUUCCGCACCCGAACGGUUGAUCUCGACAAGACACACGGCCACUUCACAGGCGAAGCCAUCACAUUCCUCACCGCAAUCCGCCCCGAGGACUUUAACGCUCCCCGAGCCCUGUGGAGGAACGUAUUCGAUGAGCCAGCUCGCGAGCGUUUCAUCAACAAUGUUACUGGCAAGAUGAAGCUUUGCAAGCAAGAGGAACCUCUGAAGCGACAGAUUGCCAUCUUCCGCGAGGUUGACCCCGAGAUUGCUGAGAGACUUGAAAAGUCAACAGGCAUCAAGGGAUACGAUGGAAUCGCUAACAUGAAGUUUAAUGGAAGCCACAAUUGUAUGAAUGGCGAAAUGAAGCUUGCAAACGAUAUCAUCGCGAACAAGGGGAAGAGCGCUACCGCAAGGAACGGAGCCCCGGCAAAGGGCUGCCACUCAAGACUGGAGAAUAAUGGACACUCGAACGGAACAAACGGUAAAUAG